CAAAGUAGGGGAAUUUUUCGAAAGUGCAAAAUCCGCCUCUAACCAUGAUGUAAACUUGAGUUUAUAAGUCGUGCCAGGCGCUAUCCCCUGAGCUGUUUUUCAUCUCCAAUUGUUGAAUAUUCAUCGAAAUAUUUGUUUAAUUCUGUUUUUAAAGAAAAUUAUACGUUUUAUUUGACUUCCGAGGUCUAGGAAAAUGAGAUUCUUUUCCUGUCAAACUUGUUUAAAACCACUCGGCACACCAACUGCCGUCAAAUUUUUUCUGACUUUUUUCUGAAUUUUUUACCUAUCCAGACUUGUAAAUGAUGCCAUUACCUAAAGUUUUAUUGCUUUGGUUGUCCAAAUAGAACGGCCAACGAUUCCAAAACGGUCGCUUGAAAACAACAAAAAUCACCGAGAUCUCCGGUGUGCACGAGCAAAAAGCCUUUGUACCGGUGUGCACCACCAAAAAUGGUUGGUGUGCUGGUGUGCACCGACUAUUUUCCUCUGUUGUGGUUAAAAUUUGUGAAUUUACAUUUCACCGUAAAAAUGCGUGUGAAGUAUACUGUUGAAGAUAGCGCAAGUUUUUAUUUGUAUAUUUUUCAAGUAAGAUUCAUGAUAUCUCAAAUUGUUCAUACACAACUGUGCUUGUUUAUAUCAGCUGACAUUUUCUAUGGGACCACACCAAGCCACACCCAUCUUAGUUGCCACACCCAAAAAUACCCGGUGUGCAACAGGUUUUGCACAAAAAUAUAUCCGGUGUGCACAUGCCAUACUCUGCAGACUGGGUCCUAAUCCUGUAAUUAGGACAAAGUAAUGAAGUACGAGAGUACGAAUGGUGUUGUGAAAGGCGCAUCCUUUCAAGAUGUUAUGCUCAGUGGGUAUGCAGACGAUGGAGGAAUGUUUCUGCCGGAAUGCAUCCCUGAAAUAUCACUUGAAGAGUUACGUCGGUUUUCUGCACUUACCUACGCGGAACUCUGCAAAGAAAUCGUCAAAAAGUUCUCGACAAGCGAAGAGUAUACAGCUUUGAACAUUGACACUCUGAUUGAAAAAGCUUUUUCAACAUUUGAUUGUAAAGAAAUUGUUCCAGUAAAAAGCGUUGGGGAGUUUCAUGUGGCAGAAUUAUGGCAUGGCAAAUCUUUAGCAUUCAAAGAUCUUGGAAUUUCUUGCUUGGCUGCUUUUACAGAAGAAUACUUAAGAAAACGAGGCUUGCAUGCUAACCUCACCUGUGCAACGUCGGGGGAUACUGGGAGUGCAAUCAUGGAGCAUGUGAAAGGCUCUGAUUUUAUCGAUGUUUUCACAUUAUACCCUGAAGGGCGAUGUCAUAAUAUCCAAGAACUACAGAUGGCUUGCAUUGAGGAUUCCAAUGUGCAUACGUUCUGUGCCCAAGGAACUUCAGAUGAUUUUGAUACUGUGUUUCAAGUGAUAUAUGAAGACAAGGACUUUGUAAAAGAGCAUAAUAUAAUCUCCUUCAACUCUCUCAACUGGUUGCGAAUUUUGAUACAGAUGACCCAUUACAUCUAUUCCUACCUUGAUGUAGUGAAAAAUAUUGGCGAUUUGGUGACCAUUGUUGUUCCAAGUGGUGGACUGGGAAACCUUACAGCCGGUUACUUCUGCUAUUUGAUGGGUGUGCCAAUCAAAUUGGUGGCAGCUGUCAAUCAGAAUGCGGCUACCCAUCACAUUUUGUCCACAGGGAUCUUCAGUGUACCAAAUGAAGUUCUGCGAUCAUCCUCCUGCUCAAUGGAUAUCGCUGUGCCAUACAAUUUUCAAAGACUACUGUACCUAGCUACAAACAGGGAUAACACCACUGCUCGCCUGAUGCAAGAGCUCACGGAAAAGAAAGUCACUAGAAUACCUGAUGACGUCAUAUUCAAGCUUAGACAAGCUGUCCAAUCAGCAACAGUCUCAGAAGAUGACGUCAAAGAAACAAUAAAGAAAGUAUGGGAUAAUUAUGGGUACCAUGUUGAGCCUCACACUGCAGUGGCAGCGUCUAUCGCCCUUGAUGCGAAAAAAUAUGGCGUUGAUUUUGCUGGUACCGAGGUAGUUGUGCUCGCGUGUGCCUCCCCUCAAAAGUUUCCAGAAGUAUUCCAAGAACUCGGUGUUCCUUUUGAGCAAGCAAACAGCAUUAAACAAUUAUUGUCUAAGGAAAAGCACAUCAAGCGGUUGCGGGAAGGUGAAGACUGGAUCACUCCUGUAAAAGCAGGAAUUGUAGAAGCGACCAAGAAGUUCAGGGAUAAUAAAAAGAAAUGAUUCCUGCUGGCUAGCAAAAUUUGUAUUUUCAUGUAUUGUUUUCAUGGGAAUUUGGCUAUAUGCAUUAUUAUUUUCAGAUAUGGAUCAAUUGCAGAUAGGGUACAAUUUUUUGGAAAUUUUAUUUUUCAUCAUUUUAGAUAAAAACCAGAGUUAUUUUUCGAUGAAAAAACUGUUCUUCGGCCAAAUUUUGGAAACACGAUCGAUUAAAGAAACGGUAGCAAAAAUUGGCUUAAACAAUUGUGGAUACAAGUUAUCAAUUGGAAAAUGAAAAUGGUUUUGCCAUAUUUUGCUCGAAACAAUGCUGUUUACGGCCAUGGUUGAUAUAGACAUUAUUUGCCGAGUGAUUUCAGUUCUGGUUUAGCUCAAUUUUAUUUUCAGCGUAAAUUCAGGGCAAAAAAUUGUUGAAUGCGCACAGUUUACGGUCUUUAGAAUCCUUCGAUUUUUCUCUUCUUUCAUAGUCCGUUUCUCCGUCGAACGAGCACUGUUGUUAGAAACAAGAAUAUUAUGGACUGAAGCAGCAUAGCCUUUUCUAAGGGAAAUUAGCUGUAAGCCUUUCUUUAUGUAAAGAGGAGGACAGUAGCCUAAAACAAUAAAGAGUCACUGGGGCUGGAGGGGCAAUUGCCCCCUAGUUAGUAUGCUAAAAAGGCCCCGAAAAGCAGGCCUUCACGUACCGAAUGAGACAUGGCUGUUCUAUAUCUUUUGAGAUUCUAGCCUCUUUUCCUUGGCAAAUUCGAGCCAACUUUCAGGUUUUUUGGUGCAACUCUUCGCUGCAUGCGUCUUGCAAACUUUCCCCUUUACCAAUUGGCCAUUUACUAGAAUACGAUUAGAAGGGAUUAUCAAGUACGAAACGAUUUCUUUCCGAAUCAGAUAUUGGGUCGUCAAAAUUCAAAAUGUUUAUUUUGGCAGGGUUAUUGUGUUUCCAGUUUCAGUUUGUUAUUGUUAUAAAUCAAACAUUAAUCAAUGGAAAAUAUAAAAUAGUCAAAACCGAAUUAGUCAGCAUGACAUUCUGGUAUGUUCCCUUCCCUGCAUUUGAGCCACAACCAUUGGGGCAACUGACCUCCAUUUUGUGGCCAACCCUUUUAGCCUCGUGUGGAUACAGGCUAAAUAUUUGAAGCCUCUUUUCGAUCCCCAGUUGCAGACAAGAAAAUGGCGGACGAUGUAUACAAAAGUACUGUUGUUGGUGGACUGAAGUUGAAAGGGGUAAAACCAUCUGGAAUUAAAAA